ACAAUCAAUACUUGACACGCGUAUUACAUAAAUAUGAACAUAUCCAUUUUCCAUGUUUUAUUUAUAGAAAUUAGGUCAGUCAAUAUUCUAAUAUCUUAAAGGAACUUAAAAUUGUUGGCGUGACUGAUUAUCUUAAUUUAAUGUAUAUGUAACCGUGAUUAGUUAUUUUAAACUAUUAAAUGCAAUAAUACAAGCUAUGUAAUAGGGUUAAAUAAGUUACUGAAUGAAAUCGUGACAAUUUGCCAAGGUCAAAUAAACCAUAACCGAAAAUGUAAACAAGGAUACCACUUUAUCAAAAAGGAGAAAGCGUGAAAAACAUGUCUAAACGAAAAAACGAAGAUUUAACUGAGCAAAACAAAGUUCACGGAAGUCUUAAAAGGAAGAAGUCACAGGACAAUCAGGAAUUACAACAUCCAAAUUCCUCUACAACUGAACAUGCUGCCAUCGAGGAAACGGGGUUUUCAAGUGGGAUUUGCAAUAACGAACUUGCAAUAGGCGGCUCCAUACAGCCUUUCAAUACAGAACUAUCCGGAACAAUUGGUCCAUUUGUCCGGAUAACUGACACUGGAGAAUUAUGCUUUUUGACGGCAAGGUACAUUUUUGGACCCUAUCAACCGCUUGAAACUUUCAAAGGGACAUUGGUUUAUCAGAAUAUAUUUUGCGGGGACAAGACAAAGAAAUUGCAGCGGAUUUGUGGACAUGUAGUUGCAGCUGAGUAUAGCGAAAAUAUGGACAUUGCUUUGGUGAAGAUAUCUAAAGAGUGCAUACCUGUUAAGUUCCAGUUUAUAGAUGUCAAAGAGGAACAGAUGAUACAAGCAGGCUUGGACAGAACAAAUUUUCCUUUGUGUGGAAAUACUAGUACAGCAAUGGAUGCAAGAGGGCUUACAUCACAAGAAACAGAAACAUACAGACUGGUAAAAGUUGGAAUGGCAACUGGGUUCACAUCAGGGAUAUUCUAUCUAAAGGAAGGCAAAGUCAUGACUGAUGAGUACUUUUUUCAAAUUCAAAGGGAGACGGCAAAUUGUAGUUUGACCGAAUUUGUUACAUAUCAAAAUCAGCUCCGUGUGUUAUCCAAUGGUGAUGGCAGGUUUGCAAAGGAAAGCGAUGCAGGAGCAGCAGUUUAUCUUGUAGACACAAACAACAGAUUUCAUUGUAUUGGUACGAUUUGCCGCGCUAUGGAAGAUGGUGCACUUGUAACUCCAAUUCAGGAUAUCCUCCAGCAUCUUAGUCGUCAACUUGGUCAAACACUAGAACUUGUUACAUUCGACUCUCAAAUGGCAACUGAUUCCUUUAACCCCUAUGAGAAGGCAAUUUUUGAUCGAGCUUUGAAGACUGGAAAGGAAAAUGACAGACACAUACGAGUAAACAUUAUAGGCUUUUAUGGACAAGGAAAAACAUCUCUCACCAGAAGGUUAUUGCAGGACUCAUUAGAUGAUAUUGAAAGCACCGAUGGUAUAGACGUGCAUAUAAGAAAGUGUAAAAUAAGCAAAGGCGGCUGGGAAACAUUUGGAGCAAAGAAUGAAAUUCAUGAGCUUUCUCGUCGACUUGUCGCGGUAGCACACUCAGAAAAUGUCAAGGGAACAAAAGGCAAUGAAAAUACCGAAAAGUGGGAAGACAGUUUAGAUCUCACAUCCCCGCUGAGUGAAUGCAAAUCAGCGUCACUUACAUCACUGGACAGUGAUACAAAAAAUGGAGAAUCGAGCAAACGUACGCGUGAACCUGAAAAUGCAGGAGGGGAUAUAAACAUCGAAAAUUGUAAUAUUUACACAAAAAAUAGAACACUGUUGAGACAUUUUUCUGAAAACCUACGUCACAAUAAAGCCUUACAAGACGAUGAGCUGCUGGCAACUAUUUGGGAUUUUGGAGGACAGUUUAUUUAUUACACAACACACCAGAUAUUUCAUUCAAGAGAUGCAAUAUAUCUGUUGGUGUUUGACCUAAAUAAAGAUCUAGAUAACGUUAUAGAAGAUACAGACUUCCCUGAGAGACAGGAAAAGAUGAAAAACAGUUUGAUGUUUUGGGUGAAUUCCAUUAAUGCCUUUGUUGGCACAGACGAUAGCAUGGAACCUGUCAUCAUCCUCGUAGGAACACACAAAGAUACGUUCGAAGGUGAUGUAGACGCCAAAUUAGAAGAAGUUAAAAAUCUAUUUGCUGGCACAGAUGUACGAAAACAUAUUUAUGAACAGACAUUUGCUGUCGCUAUUUUUGACACGCAUGAUAAUGUAAUUAAUGACUUGCGCAGUAUAAUUCAUCAGAUCGGAAUCAAAAAGGCAGCAAAUAAACAAAUACCAGCUAACUGGAUUCCAUUAGAAAUGUUACUGUUAGAAGAGAGAGAAACACGUAUAGUUACAUUUGAAAGGGUAAAAUGUAUAAAUGCUCAUUCUGAUUCGCCAAUAGAAGACGUGAAUGAGUUAAAGCUCUUCCUGAAGUACCAUCAUGAUAAGGGGACUCUUGUUUAUUUUGAUGAAGAAGAACUGAAUGAAUAUGUCAUAUUAAAUCCUCAAUUUCUUGUGGAUGCAUUUCGAUGCAUCAUUACAUCUAAAUCAGUCUGUGACGGAAGUGCUAGGCUGUAUCAGCUUUGGAAGAGAAUGAUAAAUAUGGCCAUUUUAGAACAGGAAUUACUAAACGCUGUUUUGAGUAAGAACAAACAGUUCUCCAAGUUUUCCGCAAUUGUACUUAAGUUUUUGAAAAGGCACAGAAUUUUAGCAGAGAUUCUUAAAAUGGAAGAAAUCAAAACUCCGAAAUCAGUCACAAUAACUAGAACUGGAAAUUACAUGAUACCAAGUUUUUUGAAAGCUUGUUGUAAUAGCGAAACGGCUGAAAAAUUUAUUCACGGUAAAACGUUUUCUAGUGUUAUUCUUGGGAUAUCGCUGGAAAACAAUAUCGUGCUAAGUACUCUUUAUGAAAGAGUUACAGCUGCUGCAGUCGGAAUAUGGCCUCCAAUAGUCUUCCGAGAUCAGUAUUUAGUUUUCCAGAAUGCAGGUUACUUUCUGCUAGAUUUCCAACAUACAGGGAAGAUCACAAAGGUGGAAGGAAAGGGUCUCGAAUUGAUGGUAAUAAAACUGGUUCCAUCAAAAGAGGAUUUAGCGGUUAUAAGUGACGGUUUUCGAAGAUAUGUGGAGAUGGUCGUGCGUCAAGAAUUUAGAAAACUUCAUGAUGACCCAAGAAAUGAUCCAUUUAGUCAUUAUAUUAAAUGCAACCAUACCGAACAUAAUGGCAAAGGAAGUACGUUGUCUCAUGUAUUUGAAGAAAUCAAAGGAAAAAAGAAAGUUUGUUGUCCUGAUUAUGAAAACCAUAGCAUACAGGUUAGACAAGCAGAUGAUGAAUGGUUUCAGAAAGAAACAUUAUCAGAAAACAAACAAAAACUUGCUGAUCGUAAAGUGACAGAGAGAGAUUUAGUGAAGAUAGCACAAGCGAUCGGUUCCAACUGGAAGCUUCUUGCGUUUGAACUAGAUAUUCCCGCAGAUGAGGUUGACAGGAUUGAAAUGAAAAAUCAUCAUGCUGGAAUUUCAACAACGCUUUUCUACAUUCUCAAAUAUUGGAUGGACCAUAAUUCCGAGAAUGCGUAUUUGUCAAGUUUAAUAGCAUCAAUACAAAGUAUUGGCGAGCUUACAGUGAACAACGAUAAAUUAAGAAAUGUAAUUGAUGAUUUCUGAGCCACAUUUGAAGAGAUCUAAAAUACUGUAUAGUCUCUAUCUGAAAUUAAUCUUUCUUACCACUGUUGUGAAUCAAGUUUUGAGCUGUGAAACGUCUCCCACUUAAUUGAAAUUUGUUUAGCUAUGCGUGUCGUAAGGCUAACAGGGCAGUAUAGUCACAGCACCAUGUGGGAUGCCAAAUAUGACAGAAUGAGAAACAUGUGCAAUAAGACGGAAACUAAAACCGAAGGCCUCCGAAUUCCGACCAGAUUCUCUACCGACUGAUCUACAUCUGACUCUUGACUAAAGUCGGAAACAAUGAUGUACCUCUUCUAUGACAGCACGUUGAACAUUAGCUGUCACAUGGUGAGAAAACUUGUCAGCGAGACCGGCACUCAAACCAAGGGCUCAGAAGACGACAGAGCUACCGCAUCACAAGUCACCUUUACUGCGUCUUCACAUGAACUAACGCUACGUCCUAAAUGGCGAGUUGCAAGUAAUUAGAUCUCAGCUAUUGUAAAUAUAUUCGUGACGUUUACAAAGGACAGUUACAUUAUCUCAAACUUAGAUAUCCUGUAAGUUUUAUAACAAUCCAUUGCCAAAUAAAGCCAACAUUAAAAUCUUAAAACUUCUUUGAGUCCUAAGUCGUUGAAAUAUCAACAUCUUCCUAUUGACGACCAACUCAAGACAUCAAACAACGAUCCGCUCACAAGUACUCGAGAUAUUUUAACAGAUUAAAGUCUCUGUUAAAUGUACCAUGAUCUUUAGAGCAAUGUGUAGUUUGUAUUAAUUCAUACUGAAUGGGAGAUCAGGAUGUUAAGUAUUGCAAAGUAUACGUUUUCAAUUUCUUGUUGUAAAACGACUUUUUCUCGUACAUUUGUACCAAUGUUUGUUGUUACAUGACAGAGAACAGGAAAACAUGGAAUUGCAGCCUUGAUCUUUUCAUGCACCCCCACCUUCCCCCCGAAGGUGGGUAUAUUAAAAUCGCACUGUCCGCGCGUACGUGCGUGCUUGCGUGUAAAUUCUUGUCCUAGCUGCCAUCCAUACAGGGAUUUCAAAAUAACUUGGCAUUUAUAUUCACCAUAAUGAGACGACGUGUCAUGCUUAAGACAAAGAUCCCUAGCUCCAAGAUCAAGGUCACACUUAGAGGUCAAAGGUUAACAGGGUCUGUUUCGUGUCCGGUCCAGAACUCUGCCGUCCAUGAAGGGAUUUGAAAAAAUAACUUGGUCUCAAUGUUAACCAUAAUGAGACGAUGUGUCAUGCGCAAGACUCAGAUACCUAGCUCCAAGGUCAAGAUCACACUUAGAAGUCAAAGGUUAACAGGUAUCCGCUUCUUAACUCUGUCAUUUAUCCAGGGAUUUUGAAAUUACUUGGAUAAUUGUUCCCCAUAAUUAGACGACGUGUCAUGCGCAAGAUCCAGACCCCUAGCUCUUAGAUCAACGUCACACUUAGAGGUUAACAUGGUCUGUUUCUUAACUCUGCCAUCGAUGAAGGAUUUUAAAAUUACUUGGCAUAAUCGUUCCCUAUAAUGAGAUGACAUUUCAUGCGCAAGACCCAGACCCCUAGCUCCAAGGUCAUGGUCACACUUAGAAGUCGAAGGUUAGCAUGGUCUUUUUCUUGUCUGGUCCAUAACUCUGCCAUUUAUCAAGGGAUUUGAAAAUAAUUUGACACAAAUGUUAACCACAUUAGGUUGCAAGGUGUGUUGCGCUUAUGACCCGGGCCACUCAGAUCAAGGUCACAAAAUGAUUCCUACCUAAACUAUUCUGGCAUAUAUUGCUCAGACAACUGUAGCAUUUUUGGGCACGCUUCGGGGGCAUUUGUCACUAAUAGAGACAACUCUUGUUCCUUGUAACAUGUGCGACAGAGGGUCAGACUGCAGUCAAAAUUGCGUUUACAAAAACAAAAUCAUAUUGUUAAGCUAACUGUGAAAAAUUAUCCAGAAUAAAAACCAUGCAUUCA